GAAUACUGGGAAGGGGUUUUUGCCGAAUUUCUGCACGGUUUAAAAAAAAGUCUUACUCCUAAUCCCGAUGUUUUGUGUAAUAGCACGAUUAAGUUUCGUUAUUUUUUGGAGUAUGGGCGGCGAAAUUUGGCAACUGAUUUUUUGGCUACCGGUCAUUAUGCCAAAAUUAUCGAAAAAAACGGUAAUUAUUAUUUGAGUAAAUCCCAAGACCAAGACAAAGACCAAACUUAUUUUCUGUGCCAAAUACCAGCAACUAUUUUGCCAGAGUUGCUUUUUCCGUUGGCAGACUUAACCAAAAAACAACGAGCCAUUACUCCCGGCCAGUAUGCCGUUUUUUAUUCUGAAAACCUUUGCUUGGGCGGAGGAGUAAUUGGGGCUACGGAAAAAGUUAAUGAGUAUUGUGAACCAAUAGGAUUUUAA